ACGCAUGCGCAGUUGAUUCGGAAGUAGGUUAUUCUUUCGUUCCCCAGCUCGUAGCGCGAUCAUUCGCCAAAGCAAAAGCAGUAGCGACCCACCGGCUUGGAGUUAACCAUGAGCUACACAGUCGAAGAACGGGGAGACCUACAUAGUCUGACCUACCGCUUGUUUUACAAAAAUGCCGAUGGAAAGGUUGUCUCCCCAUUCCAUGACAUACCAAUGUAUGCUGAUGAAGGACAGAACAUCUUCCAUGUGGUUAUUGAAGUACCAAGAUGGACAAAUGCCAAGAUGGAGAUCUCUACAACAGAACCCCUCAAUCCAGUCAAGCAAGAUGUGAAAAAGGGUAAAGUGCGCUAUGUGGCGAAUGUGUUCCCUCACAAAGGGUACAUCUGGAACUACGGAGCUAUUCCCCAGACGUGGGAAGACCCAACCCACAAAGAUCCAGACACCGGUCACGUCGGUGACAACGACCCAAUCGACGUUUGUGAAAUCGGCAGCAAGGUGUGCUCACGUGGGGAGGUAAUCAAAGUGAAAGUGCUCGGCAUUCUGGCCAUGAUUGACGAAGGAGAGACUGACUGGAAGGUCAUCGUAAUCAACGUGGACGACCCCGAGGCCAAAGACUUGAACAAUAUCAGCGACGUCAAAAGGCUGAAACCGGGCUACCUCGACGCCACCGUGGACUGGUUCAGACGCUACAAGGUCCCCGAUGGGAAACCAGAGAACCAGUUUGGCUUUAAUGGAGAAUUCAAGGACAAGGACUUCGCCAUAGAAACCAUCAAGACCACCAACAAAUUCUGGAAAGCCCUCAUCUCUCAGCAGGCCAAACCAGGGGAACUCAACUGCAUGAACACGACCAUUUCCCCGGAUGACAGCCCCUGCCACGUCUCAGUGGAUCAAGCCAAGGCUAUCAUCGAGAAGACGAGUCCCUCUGGAGCAGCAGAAGCUAUUCCUUUAUCAGUGGACAAAUCGUUUUACUACGAGAGGAAGUAACUAAAGAACUGGAUGGAACAAACCAAGACUCCAGUCUGUUCAUUUGGACCAACGCUGAACCAUUCUUUGCAGGGAUAGAUUUUGGCAUUUUCCAUCACUCAAUACUAAAUGGAGAUCCUAUGUAGAAAUAAUGCUAAUUUGUAGGCUACUGUAAGUCUUGGACAAUUUUUACUUAAUUUAAAACGUUUCUUUGGAGAUGUGCGCUUGUUUACUACUCUGUACUGGCCAAAUGCUUCUGUUCUGUAUGAGACCCUGAAAUGCUUUAAUAAAGCGAUUAUGUUCAAAUGA